AUGUCAGGCAGGCAAGAUUCGCCGACGUUCUCCACUCCAGGCCCAGGAACUUACGAGUUGGAAGUAAAGCCCAGUUUGGGAAAAAUCCACAAUGAGAAACUGAAAGAACUGAAGAGAGCUUCAUCGAGAGUUCCCCGAUAUUUGGAUGCACUCUGCAGCAGGAAGGUGCGAGAGGAUUUCCCUGGACCCAACAGUUAUGAUCCUCCCAAAGGUCCUUUUGACUUCCAUCAGCAAUGCGAGUGCGAGGACUAUACUCCAAAACCACCACCCUUUGGCCAGGGUGCGAAGCGUUUCCCCUACUCUUCCGAGGACACUCCAGGACCUGGAAUAUACAUUUCCAAAAAAUCAGCUGGUCUCCGAUCCUACACAUGCGCUUCCUUUGGUUCGCACGUUCCCAGAUUCAAAGAGAAGUGCCAGGAUUCGUUCCCAGGACCUGGGGAUUACUACACAGGCAGGGAGGACUUGGCCUACAAGUGGAAGAGUCGGUGUAAAAGGAGCUGCCCAAGGAUUCCCGUCAGAGGAUCGGACACCCUCUCGAAAAUCGAAAAAGUAGAUCUAAGGGACUUCGGCAUCUCCCAGGACUUCAAGUCUAAAAAAACUCGAGUCCACCAUGCGGUCUUUAGAUCUACGCUGGACCCCAGCGUCGCGUCGUCGGUCUUGAAGAAAUCUUUCAACGUUACUUUGGGGGAGUCGCGGCCCCCCAAAGAUGGGGCGAAAGAAGAACAACGCGACGAAAAGGGGCACUUCAAACAGAAAAAGAAGACGCUGAGGUGGUUCGCCGUUCCUCUGCACACGUACGAGCACUGCGUUCGACGUUGCGACGUAUAA